AUGAGAGCUUCUGAUAUAGCAACAUAUGAUGAUGAUGCUGAUGUUGAUGAUAAUGAUGAUGAUGAUGAUGAUGAUGAUGAUGAUGAUGGUGAUACUGAUAAUAAUGAUAAUGAUGAUAAUGGCAAUGAAAUAUUACCAUAUGAUAAUGUAUAUCAUCAAAAGGAAUUGAAUUGGUUAAGAGCUAUUACAAACAGGCAGAAAGCAAAAAUUGAAGAACUUAAUGAAGGGAAGAAAAUGUUAUCCAUUGAAGUUGCACAACUUAAAGAUAUCAUAUUAAACGAAAAGCUAAUCGAAGAUUUAAAUAAUUUUAAACGAGAAUAUGUAUUUUUGCUACAAAGUUGUAUUGAAAUUCCACUUGACGAGCAACAAUCGGUUAAUGUACUUCAGGUGAAACUACUCGGUAGCCAUAUUCAUAAGAAGCGUGUGAUAAGUUUAUUGAAUGAAGCACGAGAAAUUGAUCCAACAUUACCAACUUUUGAAAGUUUAAUAUUAUUUGGGAAUUAUUUGGAUAUCUUCGGAUUUCAACGAUCAUUUGAUGAUGAACAAUUAGCAUUACAUUAUAUUUGCACACAAUUGUAUGCACUUUAUUUGGAAUGUGCACCUGCGCAAUUGCAACAUCGAAUUACGUGGAAACGAUAUUUGAAUGAUUGCAAUUAUCAACGUUGCAAUAAGAAUGAGGUACGUAUGCUUGUUCAAACUGGUGUACCCGGUGAUUUAAGACCAACCAUUUGGAAAUUACUCAUUCAUCAACAAAUUGCUGAUAUUAAGAAAAAAUUUGGUAAAUAUUAUUUUCGUGAUUUAUGCAAUACACGUGGAUCACUUGAUGAAACAGAAUACAGAGAUAAUCAUCAAAAGCAAAUAGCGUUGGAUUUAUUGCGUACAUUGCCUGGUAAUAUACAUUUCAUGUCACCAACAUGUAAAGGAAUUCAGCAAUUAGAGCAAGUACUCCGUGCUUUCUGUUUUCAUAAUCCGGUAAUCGGUUAUUGUCAGGGAAUGAAUUUUAUUGCUGGAACAGCAAUGCUUUUUCUUGGUGUUGAAGAUACAUUUUGGUUUUUGGUUGCAGUUACGGAAAAAUACUUCGAUAAAUCAUAUUUCGAUUAUGCAUUAACCGGAGCACAAGCUGAUCAGGAGGUACUAAAAGAAUUGGUUGCAAGAAGAUUACCUCGAUUAGCUGCUCAUUUAGAUCAAUGUGGUAUCGAUUUAGCUACAGUAACACUAAAUUGGUUCUUGGCAGUAUUUUAUGGUGCUGUACCUUUUCAGACAAUGAUUCGAAUUUGGGAUUAUUUUCUUUUGGAUGGUACAAAUGUGCUCUUUCGAUUUGCGCUUGCAAUUUUAUCCAUUCAUGAAAAAGAAGUGCUUCAACGGAGUGAUACCAUAUCAGUUAUCAAAAUUCUAAAAGCAUCCGUUCGUCUAACAUAUGAUUACGAUGGAUUAGUCAAUUUGGCAUUCGACAGUAAACAUCCAUUCCCAACAAAUUCUGAAAUUGAACAUAAACAAAAAUGGUAUUUAAACAUAUUGCGAAAACGAUUAAAUCGGAAAGAAAAAUUACGAAAAGUGUUCACAUUAUUAUCAUUGGAAAGAUCUCGAUUUCCAACAAUUGAAGUUGUAACAUUUAGUACGGAUCAGGAAGGUACAGUUUAUGUUUGUGCAGGUCAUCAAACGAAAGGUAUUAUUGCUCGUUUUAAUCUUAUUAGUAAAAUUUCAACUAUGGGCAAACUUGAUACUGAAUUUGAUUGUAAAAUUUUUUCAAUGGCAUUGAGAGAAGGUGAAAUUGCAUAUGUUUCAUUAUUAUCGCGUUAUAUUGCUGCAUUACAAAUUAAAGGUACGAAAAGCGAAAUAUUGUGGGAAAUAAAAAUAUCCGAUAUUGCACUAAAAUUAUUAUACAAAGAUAAACUUUUGUAUGCAGCACUUGCCAACGGUGUACUUACCAUUUUUGAGAAUGUGAACGAAAUUGUACCGACUGUUAUCGAAAUACAUAAUUUACCGAUUAGUACAGCACCGAUUACAGAAAUGAGUAUCGUUGAUGAUACAUUAUGGCUUGCAUCUGCAUGCAAAAUAACAAUUAUUUGCACCAAAUCGCUAAUAACACUUCGGAAAAUUUACGUUGAAACAUUGGAAUCUGUUUAUGGUUCACCAAUGUUUGAAAAAAUUAGUUGUUUAUGUCCGUCAUCGUAUGGAGUUUGGAUUGCAACAGCGCAUUCGCAAGUAUUACAACUUUGGAAGGACAAUGAAUGCAUUCUAAUUUUAGAUUUAGGAAAAGAGCAAUAUAACAAUGCACCUCAACGGCCUACCGAAAUAACAUCGGUAAUGUGUGUUCGAGAACAAGUAUGGAUUGGUACGGUAGAUGGAUAUCUGUUAAUAUAUCAUAUCAUUUCACAUCAGUAUCAGCAAGCAGCAACCAAUAAUACAAUACAUUCUAAUAGCUUAUCUAAGCCAAUGAUAACAAUUGAUUCGCCCAUAAAUUCUUCGUCAGAUUCAAUUUACAAUAAGCCUUUAACAAAAGUACCCGUACGAAAACGUUCAGCAUUCCAUCAAUUAACCAUAACAAAAAAUGACCAUAAAAUUGAUGCGAAAUAUUGGCAAACAACGGAUGAUAACGAUAAUAGCAAAAAUUUAGAUAUUGGAUUAGCAUCACCGUCGAUUUCACAUCAUUCUCUUGAAUUUGAUAAUUUAUUUCAACAUUAUUCAGAAGAAGAUAACGAUAAGCGGAGAAAAGUACACGAGAAUAAUGAAAGUUGGAGGUAUAAUAAGUCAAAAAUUACUUUGGUACUUGAAAUGAAGCUAAAAAUAUCAGAUAAACAAGUUAGAUGCUGCGCCCAUACCAGAAUUGGGGAGGAAACGAUGGUUGUAACGUGUGCGGGUGAUUACGGUGAUACGGAAUCAAUACUAAAAUGGACCAUUGACCGAAAGGUAGAGGAUGGACGAGAAUUAUGGGUGAAUGAUCCGGUUAUUGAUGCACCUAAUUAA